AUGCGACCUCUUCCCCGUACUGUCCCAUGGACCAGCUUCAACGAAUUUGAGCAAGUGUACAAGUGGCUCUAUGAAGACACCGAAAUGGCGCCUGAAUUAGUUGAACUUGGCAUUGAAAGAGUUAGAGCUUGGUCAACUCGAGGAAAUAUUCCUCGUGCAGUUGAAAGUACAGCAGCAUUUGCACAAGUUAGAUUAAGAGAUCGUAAAGGAUUAGGUGGUCACUGGCUGUCACAGCAUGAAUUGCGAAUGAUGUAUGCCAUGGCAUUUAUACUAAGCAUCGAACAAUUUAGAUUUGUAAACGGCAUUGUAGAUCCUGCCCAGACUAGUACAUUUGCUCUUUCUAUUGCUGCUAUUGCUGAACGUCUUGGGCUUCCUUUAUGGUUUGUUGAGCUAAGACAUGCAGGAACUCACGAGCACCUUCCAAGCUUAUCAGUUUUGAGAGAUGGAUGCGAUCAGGCUCUUGGUUGGAUCCAUGAAUUUUACUGGGACAUCACAUUGAAGCCAGAGGCAACUGCUGAAUUAAGCCUUGAAACUAUGAAUAUUGUCAAGGCAAUGUUGAAUGAUUACAAAGAAACCCGCAAAGCAUUUCUUAAAGAAUUGAAGUCAAAUGCCCGCCCAGAUAAAACACCCAUGCUCAACUCACUUAACAAAAUCUUACGCAAGAUGUCACCUGACAUGGCGAAACAAGGUGUGGUUUCUCUUCUGGUCGGGAUUGGUGGUAUGGUUCCUGCUGGAAAGAAGAAGCGUGCAUCAAUUGAAAACAUGUCAAUUUCUGAAGAUCUGAUCAAAUUGUGGAAGCCAUUAAUUCAAGAGCUCUCUUCCCAUUUUCCUGGGUUUGAAGCAGCAUUAUUGGCAACAAUGAUGGAAAGAAUUGAUGUAAAUAGCGAUUUCGUGCUUAAUGAAAAGUUGAUCUAUCCAUCGUAUGGUUAUGGCGAAGAAGAAACUGCUUCAGAAGACACAUUAAAGACACCUAGCUAUUUGCUGACAUUGACUUGCUGGCUCAGAUACUUCGUUGAAGACAGCGUUCAGAAAUCGGACCGUCUAUUCGAAGGAAAUAUACUCGAUGAUAUUGUUGAAAGUUGUUUACGCAAACCAAACUACUAUACACGCUCCGUUCUUCAGGCUGCUACUACAGUUGAUCCUGAACUUGCAACAUCCCUCAAACCUUUCAUUCAAUACAUUGAUCGUAUGCUAAGAGCCAACAACAAAAAGUCUACUGAAACGACAGAUUCUAUUAUGGAAGAUGAAAGUAUGAAGAAUGAGUUGGAUACUCUAUCGAAACAACUUCAACUUGUCUAUGGAAAGACCAAGAGUGCCGAAACAACUGUCGAGGCUAAUGUUGAACAGGAUAAUGCUUCUCCGUGGGGGUUGUAUGAUGCUUCAGCCUGGAAAAGCUGUCCAAUCGGAUGUCUUCCAAACGGAACAGUACCGUGUCUUGAUUUACCAAUCGCCAUGGAAGAAAACUAAAGGAGAACAAGACAAAUGAAAUAUAUAUAUAUGUAUAUUGAGAUAUCAACACUAUUGAUUGUAAAAUGAAUGAAAUGGAAUCAAGUGAAUCUAAAGUUUAAGCAAGCAAUACCGAAUAAAGUCUCUAAAGCGU